AUGUACACAAGUGUUAAAUUUAUACUCGAUAAUGGCCAGAACAUAUCAUAUCAACGUCCUAACUGGUGUAGUGAAGUGAAACGAGAUUCAUUAGAGGAAAUCACAAGGGAACGUAUGGAACGACGUGAACUUACACUCAGCUUCCAUAAUCUUAUUAUACGAGAUGAACAACGCUACAGUUACACAAAUUACGGUAUGGACACACCAACACCCUCAUCGCAAGGUGACUGUUUGCAUGGAAUAUUUCAAAAUUUGGACUCCCUGUCACCCGGUGUGGAUUCAGACUUUGAUGAAAGUCUUGCGGUGCCAGAAUCUCUAUCUGUCAUAGACACUGACAAAGCAAACAAUAAAGAGGAAUUAGAUGCAAAUGCGCCGCUGGCAACUUCAGUGCCAUACAAAUCAGUUCACAACCCACCUGUUAAAUUUAAUUCGGUGCACAGAAAAGUGUUCAUUCCAGGAGUAGUAAUAAAAGUGAGAUUUGUGGAAAACGAGAGGAGUGCUACAACACAUUUAUUGAAUCCCAAUUUAUACACAAUAAAUCUUCAACAUGGCGACUUUACGUGGACAAUCAAAAAACGAUACAAGCACAUACUGUAUCUUCAUCAACAGCUAUCUUUGUAUAGAGCGACUCUUCAAAUUCCCUUUCCCACCAAAACUCAUAAAUCAAGAAGAGCGAGUUUCAAGAAUACUGUAAACAGUGAAGAAAUAGCGGAAAAAGUGGCCUUAGAAGCUGUGACCAGGAGUAAUUCUAAAAGGAGAGAAAACAGGCCCAGGAAAAGAAAAGGUGCUUUGCCAAGAUUUCCUAGAAAACCCGAAGUAAUGAUCACAUACGAAGGCAUACAAUUACGUAUGAAACAAUUGGAAGAGUAUCUGUUCAACCUGCUUAAUAUAUCUAUAUAUAGAAACCAUCAUGAGACUGUGAAAUUCCUCGAAGUCUCAAAUAUGUCGUUCAUAAAAGAAUUAGGUACGAAAGGCAAGGAAGGGAUAAUAGAGAAACGUACGGGGUCCACGCGGCCCGGCCAGGCUGGCUGCAACUGCUUCGGCUUGUUAGGCAACACUGUAUGUGUGAGAUGUAAUUACUUCUGUACAGGACUGGUUUGUGCGAAAUGGCAGGAGAGGUGGCUAUUUGUGAAGGACACCUUCUUUGGCUACAUUCGGCCGAGUGACGGCGUUGUUAAAGGGAUAAUGCUGUUUGAUCAAGGGUUUGAGGUGUCAAGUGGUAUGUACUCGACGGGACUAAGCAACGGACUGCAAAUACUUAACCAAAGUAGACAAAUGGUCAUCAAAUGUUGGACUAAGAGGAAAAGUAAAGAAUGGAUGCAUUAUUUAAAGACUGUUGCUAAUCAAUCUGCGCGCGAGUUCACGCACCCCAACGUGCACCACUCGUUCGCGCCCGCGCGCGCCGGCACGCCCGCCGCCGCGCUGGCGGACGGCGCGCCCUACCUGUGCGCCGCCGCCGACGCCAUGGAGCACGCGCGGGAGGAGAUAUUCAUAGCCGACUGGUGGCUCAGCCCAGAGAUAUACAUGAAGAGACCCGCCUUGAAUGGCGAUUACUGGAGGCUGGAUACUAUUUUGAAGAGGAAAGCGGAACAAGGCGUAAAGAUCUUCAUAAUGCUGUACAAAGAAGUGGAGAUGGCACUCGGUAUCAAUAGUUUCUACAGUAAAAGUAGAUUAGCAAAUGAAAAUAUUAAGGUGUUCCGUCAUCCAGACCAUGCGAAAGUGGGUGUAUUCUUUUGGGCGCAUCACGAAAAGAUAGUAGUAGUGGAUCAAACUGUGGCGUUUCUGGGCGGAAUCGACUUGUGCUAUGGCCGGUGGGACGAUCAUAAGCAUAGGUUAACGGACUUAGGCAAUAUAUCCCAACCAAAGACCCAUAUAAAAACUAAGAAGAAAACCUCGAGCUCGCCGGGCGGCGGCCUCUACAUGCCGCACGGUAAUGGUAUAGAGGCGGCAUUGGAACUGGCGAAGUCGUCUCGAGAUAUUGUUAUUGGGGUUAAUAUCCCAGUUCAAGAUGUACUACAAGAAGAAACGGAGCCAGAACCUGAAACUCUUCCAGAGCCAGAACCUCUGAAACUCCACCCUGAAGACCAAAUACUACAAAUUGGUAUACAAAACGACCCAAAAUCAGACGAAAACCAAAAGAAAAAUGUUCUUGACAAAAUAACAGACCGGGGCAAAGAUUUCAUCAGUAUUAUUUACCCUCCAUAUGAAGAGGAAAGAAAUGAACAGAAAUUUGAUGAUUCUGAAAGAAAGAAAGCGGAGAAGUAUGCUAGAUCAAAUGAUGAAGUUCUUUUGACGGAUGCUUUAGGAAUUAAAUCUUUAACGGUAAUCGAACCUGCGCCUCUCGCUCAAGUGGCAGAAGGGAGGGUGAUAACAGAAAGUACUAAGAAAGCUAUAGAGGGUAUUGAGGGAAAUUCUAAACUAUGGAUUGGAAAAGACUACGUCAAUUUCAUUGUAAAGGACUUUAACAGCUUGGAUAUGCCGUUUGUUGACCUAGUGGACAGGAACACAACGCCGCGAAUGCCGUGGCACGACGUGGGCGUGGCGGUGGCGGGCGCGGCGGCGCGCGACGUCGCCAGGCACUUCAUACAGCGCUGGAACGCUAUCAAGCUGGAAAAGGCUAGACAGAACGCAAAUUAUCCAUAUCUGCUACCGAAGACAUAUAGCGACAUCAAACCUCUGUCAGAACUGGAAAACGUUUUCAAUGUAGAGUUCAAAAAUGUUUCGUGUCAGGUAUUACGAAGCGUCUCCAGUUGGUCCUGCGGCUUCUUAGACCCAGAGACUGUAGAGCAAAGUAUACACGAAGCGUACGUGGACACCAUAACGAGGGCACAGCACUACAUUUAUAUAGAAAAUCAGUUUUUUAUCACACUGUCUAGAUCUAAUCCCAUUGUGAGGAAUCAGAUAGGCGAAGCGUUAUUCAAUCGUAUAAUGAAAGCGUUCAGAUCAAAAGAGACGUUCCGAGUGUUCAUAGUGAUGCCGCUGCUGCCGGGCUUCGAGGGCGAGGUGGGCGCGCCCUCGGGCACCUCGCUGCACGCCGUCACGCAUUGGAACUACCAGAGUAUCAGCAGGAGUAAAGAAGCAAUUCUAACCCGUCUAUACGAGGCCGGUGUGCCCGACCCCUCCCAGUAUAUAACGUUCCACGGUCUGAGAGCUCACUCUAUACUGGACGGCGAGCCGGUGACCGAGCUCGUGUACGUGCACUCUAAGCUCCUGGUGGCCGACGAUAGAUACAUCAUAUGUGGGUCCGCUAAUAUCAAUGAUAGGUCUAUGAUUGGGACUCGGGACUCGGAGAUCGCUGUGUUCAUACAGGAUGAACAGUUCGAUGACGGCACUUUGAACGGUGAGCCGUUCCCUUGCGGCCGCGUCGCCGGCGCGCUCAGGAAGAGGCUGUUCCGGGAACACUUGGGGCUGAUGGAGGAAGAUGUGGAGACACUUGGCAUUAACCUGGAUGACCCGUGUUCUAGAGAGUUCUAUGAAGGGGUGUGGAAAGCCACGUCAAAGAGGAACACUGAUGUUUAUGAAGAGGUUUUCCACACAAUACCAAACGAUUCAGUCCACACAUUUGCUGAACUUAGAAAAUAUCAAGAAGAGAACUGCGAAACACUCUGGCACAAAGACCCGGUUCUCGCGAAUAGGAAAAUCGAUCUUAUUCAAGGCUAUUUGGUAGAUAUGCCGUUGAAUUUCCUUUGCAAUGAAACUUUAACGCCCCGAAAUACUUCAAUGGAAGGUAUGAUGCCAACCGCUCUAUGGACG